CACAAUCUUAGAUUUGACCUCUGAAAUCUACUGUCCACUACUCUUCUGGAUACCCAAAAUUGACAUGCAGUUAUGACUUCAACAAAUUUUGACACCCUUUAAUGAAACACUACUUCAAUGAAAAUUGGUUUGUAUAAGAGAAGAUUAAUGUUCUAAACCUUACAAUUGUUGUAUCAGUUUUGAAUUUACUCAAUUCUCGGUUUGUAUUUCUAAUACAUAGUUACAUUUAAACAUGAGGCAUGUUGUCUUGUAUUGAUUUAUUUUUUCUUGUUUCAGGGCCAAGACCAUUUGUUACUGUUGAUGCGAUGGGAUAUAGAAACUACCAUUGUGACACUUGUGAUACAACAAUGAGGGACAAUCAUAUCUUUUUUGCUCACAUGCGGAACCAUCAUGGACCAAAACCAUUGAAGUGUAACACUUGUCCCCAAAGAUUUCCUUCUUUUCAUACUUGGACUGUACAUAUGAUGUCCCAUAAAGACCAAAGGAAUUUCCAUUUUUGUCACACAUGCAAGAAAUUUUUUUCAAGUAAGAUCAGCCUAAUUGGUCAUAGGGUGUCUACUCAUGAUAGUAUCGGUCAUGUGUGUCAUAUUUGUGGCUUUAAGUGUAAAACCAAAGCAGGGCUUAAACACCAUGUUCUUUUACAUAAUGAACAGAAACCACAUGUCUGCAAGCAAUGUGGAAAAGCUUUUCGUGAUCAGAUGAGGCUAAGAGGUCAUGAGAGAGAACAUAAUCAACGUUUUGUUUGUAAGUUCUGUGGAAAAAGAUUUGGACGUAAUGCCAAUUUAACAGUUCAUGAGAGAAUCCACACUGGAGAAAAACCAUAUGAGUGUAAAGCUUGUGGCAACAGUUUUGCACAAAUGAACUCUUUGAUUUCACACUCUAGGACUUGUGGAAGGAGACCAAUGAAAUAGCAAAACAGAAUGAGAUAUAAAACAGAAAUAUACUAUAGAUUUAUAUAAAUAUACAUUACUCUUGUCUUGAGUUUAUUACAUUCAGAAAAUACACAUAAUCCCAUGUAUCAAAAAUAUCUUUAUUGUUGCCUGUCUAUUGUCAAAUUCCUAUAUACAUUUUACUAUCUAGUAAAAACAACUCUAGAUAAUCCUCUGUUGUUUGCUGUCAUUAAAAGAACCCCCUGCGUUUGUCAAGCACAACUACAUACUGCUCCAGUUGACCUGCUCAUACGUAUAUUUUUCUAAUAUUGUAUUUAUAACAAUAAAAUAUAAAAAGAGAUUGUGGUGCAU